CUCUGGAUCACAACCAACUGUUCAGGGAUGGGCAGGGCAGGGCUGGAGCUCCCUCACGUCACUGCCGCGUGUCGCCAGGGCGGGGACUUUGCCACCCCGGACAGCCACCAAAGCUCUGCCCAUCUGUGCCAGGGACCCGCGCGGGACAGCAGCUGUCAGUGCCCUGGACAGAGACAAUAACAGAUUGACCAGAUCCGAGCAGGAUGGCAACAGUCAAGGGUGUGUCAGCUUUCAGUGCUGAGCAAGAAGCACAGGCACUAAGGAAGGCCAUGAAGGGACUUGGCACAGAUGAAGAUGCCAUCAUUGAGACCUUGACCAAACUGAACGUUUCCCAACGUCAGCAAGUUCUGAUCACCUACAAAAGCACUAUUGGCAGGGAUUUGAUUGAUGACUUGAAGUCUGAGCUGAGUGGGAAUUUUGAAAGGGUGAUCAUUGGUUUGAUGACUCCUACCACCAUGUAUGACGUGCAUGAGCUGAGGAGGGCUCUAAAGGGAGCAGGGACAGAUGAAGGCUGCCUGAUUGAAAUCCUGGCUUCUCGCACCAACGCGGAGAUCCGGCACAUCAAUGAGAACUACAAACUGCAGUACGGCUCCACCCUGGAGGACGACAUUGUCUCUGACACCUCCUCCAUGUUCCGCAGGGUCCUCGUGUCCCUCGCCACGGGCAACAGAGAUGAGGGAACAUUCGUGGAUGAGGGCCUUGCUCAACAAGAUGCUCAGGCCCUGUAUGAAGCUGGGGAGAAGAAAUGGGGAACAGAUGAGGUGCAGUUCAUGUCCAUCCUCUGCACAAGGAACAGGUGCCACCUGCUCAGAGUUUUUGAUGUGUACAGAGUGAUUGCUAAUAAGGACAUCACAGACAGCAUUAAAUCCGAGAUGUCAGGAGACCUUGAGGAUGCUUUGUUAGCUGUGGUAAAGUGCAUGAGGAAUAAACCUGCUUAUUUUGCUGAAAGAUUGUACAAAUCCAUGAAGGGCCUGGGCACUGAUGACAGCACGCUGAUCCGGGUGAUGGUGUCCCGUGCUGAGAUAGACAUGCUCUACAUCAGGAGGGAGUUCCUGGCCAUGUAUGGAAAAUCACUCCACUCCUUCAUUAAGGGAGACUGCUCAGGGGACUACAGGAAAGUUCUGCUCAGGCUGUGUGGUGGGGAGGAUUAAAGGAGGCCUGGAGAACCUGCUGGGUGAUGGGAAGCAGCUGAUCAUAGAAUGGUUGAGUUGGAAAAGACCUUUAAAAUCAUCGAGCCCAAUCAUGAUAAAGAUUUCUUUCUUUAAUUUUUUUUUUUUCCCAAAUGCCUUAUUAAUUACUCUGAUUACUGACUUAGGUUAGUUCAUGUUCUGGUUAGAUAGUGGCCAUUCUGGUUGACCCUUUUGGUACACUUUUAUGCUUGGAACACCCCUUUGCCUACUAACUGGGCUGGUGAAGCCCAACGUACACAGAAUGCUGUAACCAAAGGUAUAGAAGUUGUUUCCUGAGCAGCUGCCCCUCUGCUGUUGUGUUCACCAGCAAAACACAUCAGCUAAAGCAAACCCGAGAGCGAGAGGCUGCACAGGCAAAAGGCAACCUCAUUGGUACAUGGGGUCUGCAGAAGAUGGCUUUGCUUCAGUUUUUCAGUAGAAUUAAAACACAAAGAAACCAAAUAUCUAAAAUACAAACAUGUUUACAUAUUAACUUGCUUCUGUUAGUGUGGAGCAUUAACAGCCUGGCUGUGCUGUGUGUAUAUGUUGCUGUCACUGGUGACAUGAGAAAAACCUUUUUCUGCCCUGGUUAGAGCAGCCCCGUGUUUUUGGUCUGUCUGCUGGAUCAUGGGAGUAUAAAUAAUGUGGGUUACAUUAUAAACCCUGCUCUGGAUAAAGUGAUGUCAUUGGAAUCGUGCCUUUUUAAGGAAUGACCUGUCCCCAAAACCCUACCUCACCAGCCUGGUGCUGGAACAUGUCCCCAAAUGUCCCUGAGGUGAUUCCCCAGGCCUGCCUGGGACAGGUCCCCAGAUGUCCCUGAGGUGAUUCCCCAGACCUGCCUGGGACAUGUCCCCAGAUGUCCCUGAGGUGAUUCCCCAGGCCUGCCUGGGACAUGUCCCCAGAUGUCCCUGAGGUGAUUCCCCAGACCUGCCUGGGACAGGUCCCCAGAUGUCCCUGAGUGAUUCCCCAGGCCUGCCUGGGACACCUGCCCACAUCUCCCCACACCUGUCCCAUGUCACAGUCCCACAGGGGACGCGUGUUGUGCCUGGGCCUCACGUGGAUGUCCCCAUCAGCCUCUGGGAGAGACUUCUCCCCAGACCCUACCCACCUGCCUGUUCCCUGUUUGCUCUCCAGAGGUGGGACCCUGCUUUGCCUUAGCAAUUUGUGUUCCACCACUGGUGAAUAAUCCUGUUCUGAAGGAUCAGCCUGAGGCUGCAUUGGCACAGCUCCAGCACUGAGGUGGCUACACCCAAUUCCAUCCCUCAUCUUCCUCUAAAACAGGCUGCUGCUGCCUGGAGAUGCCUCUGUAGCCUCCAAUAAAAUAAUUUUCUUUCUCGUUCUCUGGGCUGCCAUUGGAGACACAUUCCUGAGUUUUGCCAGCAGAGGAGGCAGAGCUUUAUCCAGUUCUUCUGAGGGGAAAAGCCCAGCACAGCACUGCAGCUGGGAAGGGUUUCAGUGCCUUGGCUCGGGUUGGGUUUCAGAGCGUUGAAAAAUGAAUAAAGAAUUUGUUUCUGCA